CUGGCGAAGCGCGAAGCGGCCAAGGCGUCCCCCGGCGGCUUCGUCCUCCCGCUGCUGCCCCACGUGGGAGAGAGCGACACGGACGCGCUUGCAGAUAAUCCCGACAGACCCGCAGAAGCAGUGGAGGAGGCAGAGGAAGAGGAGGAUGAGUUUGGGUACAGCUGGAAGAAAAUCAUCCAGCGCUAUGGCAGUCUUCCAGGAGUCCUCCACGUGAUUGAGCUGGAGAAAGGUAAAACGGGCCUGGGGCUCAGUCUGGCGGGAAACAGGGACCGCGCCUGCAUGAGCGUGUUCGUGGUGGGGAUAGACCCCAACGGUGCCGCCGGCAGGGAUGGACAAAUGGUGGUGGGAGAUGAGCUGCUGGAG